CAAUGUGCUUCGUCGUUUGACAGAAUUGUUGCAUGGCGGUCUGAAAUAAACACAAGAACACAUUUCGCAAGUGAAAUUCAAUGUAAAACGCUGAAAAAUGUUAAUCACCGACAUAAAUAAUGUAAAAAUCUACAAUCUUAGUGGAGGAAAAUCGGUGCCACAAUGGCUUACAGAUCGCAAGCAGAAAAAGUCCGCGAAGAAAAAUGCGGACGCUGAUCGACAUAUAGAGCUGAUACAGGACUUCGACAUGCCCGGUGUGGCGUCGUGCAUCUCCAUCUCACCCGAUGGACAGUACAUUUUAGCAACGGGGACGUACAAACCGCGGGUGAAGUGUUUCGAAGUGAGCAAUCUGUCGUUGAAGUUUGAGCGGUGCUUCGACUCGGAGGUAGAAAAAUUUGCCAUUCUCUCCGAUGAUUAUAGCAAGCUUGCUUUUCUGCAUGCUGAUCGGUAUGUGGAGAUACAUGCGGCUGCUGGUCGACACUACCGACUGCGUAUUCCAAAAUUUGGUCGAGAUUUGACGUAUCACAAACCAACGUGUGAUCUACUAUUCGUUGGCACUUCUUCCGAGAUCUAUCGACUGAACAUGGAGAGGGGUCAGUUCUUGUUACCUUACGCGAGCCAAAGCGCUACUGCCAUUGAUAGUAUCACGAUCAAUCCGGAACAUCAGCUUAUCUGCGUCGGAUCGCAGGAUGGAACGAUCGAAGCGUGGGACUAUCGAGAUAAGAAAUGUUGCGGCACGCUUGAUGUUGCUGCAAAUCUCAAAAAUACGAACGGUGUCGCUGCUGUUACGGCUCUGCAAUUCAAAAAUGGUCUAACCUUAGCGGCCGGCACUUCCUCUGGGCAUGUAGCUCUGUUUGAUAUUCGGGCUCGCAAUCCUGUCGCGAUGAAGGAUCAUCUCAAUCAGCUACCAAUCAAAAAGAUACGCUUUCAACCGGAUCAAAAUUCGAUCUACUCGCUCGAUGCGGCUAUGUUGAAGAUUUGGGAUGAAACGUCGCUGAAGCAAAAAGCGUGCAUCGAGUCGCGUAGCAAUUUUAACGAUUUUGCCCACUUCCCCGGUAGUGGAUUAUUUAUGUUCGCACAGGAAGACAAUAAAAUGCUGCCCUACUACAUCCCUAGUGAAGGACCGGCACCAAAAUGGUGUUCGUUCCUGGACAAUUUGGUCGAAGAAAUUGCUUCCGAGUCGGUACAGAAUGUGUACGACGAUUACAAGUUUAUCACAAAGCACGAACUUGCAGAAUUGAAGCUGGACCACCUGGAGGGUACGCAAAUGCUGCGUGCAUACAUGCACGGGUUCUUCAUCAACAUUCGCUUAUACAAUAAGGCAAAAGCAGUUUCUGAUUCGUUUGCGUUCGAUGGUUUUCGUAAGGAUAAAAUUCGCAAACAAAUUGAAGCUAGCCGUCCUGCUCGCCUUCAGCUUAAGUCUGCCUUGCCAAAGGUCAACCGGGAGCUCGCUCAGCAGCUUAUACAAGAGGAACAUUUGAACAACUCGAAACGUAGCGCCGCCGCGAAGGGUUUGCUGGGAGACGAUCGUUUCAAGCAAAUGUUCGAUAAUCCCGACUUCGAGAUCGAUAAGCAGGCGGACGAUUAUCGUCUUCUCAGUGCGGUGUUGAAGCGUGCAGAUCGUGAUAAGGCAAGACGGAAGGGAAAUGUUGUCGUUACAGCACUCGACGAAGAGGAGGAAGGACAGAGCACAGAUGAUGAUUUGUUUGACGAGAAGAGCGAAAGCGAAAGCGAAAAGGAAGAGAAAAAGGAAGAUUCUGACGAGGAGAUGAAAGAAGAAGUUCCAGUUCGUGCAAAGCCGAAGGAUAAGAAAGCAAACGAACGCCGGAAUAAACCUUCCAAGGGUGUUUCACUGGCCGAGGAAGUGGAUGAAGAUGCAGACACCGGAAAAGAGGUUUCUUUGACCGUAGAAGAAGGAGCGAACUUUGACAUCAUACAACCGGCAAAGAAAAUUCAAUCUGUGUCCCUUGGUAAGCGCGUGAACAAACUAGAUCACGCAACUUCAAGCGUACUGUUCCAGAAUGGAGUUGGUAGACGAGAAAUAACGUUCACAACCACUGGUCGAUCGAAGAGCGAUAAAAAUGGGCAGGAUCGGGAACGUGCACGGUACCAUUCGGAGCUGAAAAAACAUAAAGAAGAACGUAGACAAGUUAUUCGUUCGGCCAAGGGGGUGAUCAAAAAGACGAUUAUGAAGAGACCCUAAAUACUAUUUGGAAAUGGUGCACUCAAUUGUGAACUAGUGCUACAAUAAACCGAUCCGAUCGAUGAGAUGGAAAAA